AGAUAGAGAGAGAGAGAGAAACGGAGGUUCUGUUUUGCUCCAUGUUAACGUAAAACCUGCGGGAGCUGAGAAUCCGUUACUUUCCGAAACCGGCGCCGGAGAAACAGCCGGAAGCGUUAGUGCGAUUGAAAUCGGCGGACAACAUUAUCUAUAUAUCCGGUGGAGAUAUAAGGGCAGGGCGGGGAGAUGUUGACGUGCAUCACGUGUAAGCAGAAGAUAGAGGAUGAUGGAGGGGAAGAGGGCCCACGCGCGACGGCCGGAGCGAAGGAUUCCGUCAAAAGCUUGACGGCGCAGAUAAAGGAUAUUGCAUUGAAGGUCUCUGGGGCAUAUAAAUGCAAGUCCAGCACACCCACCAGCACUUACAGGAAAGGGCAUAGACCAUACCCAGAUUUUGAUACAAUCUCAGAGGGAGUUCCAUACCCUUUUCAGCCAGGAAGUUCUAGUUCUACACCAGCUUGGGAUUUCACUAGAAAUGGUCAUCACAGAACCCCUCUGCCUGUCCCGAAAUUUGCUUCUGGAUUUCUCGGUAUGGACUCGAUUCCCCAGUCUGGUGAAGUUGUGGUUGAAGAUGACAGUGCACCCAAGGAGUGGACAGCUCAGGUGGAGCCCGGUGUUCAGAUCACUUUUGUGUCUCUUCCCCGCGGUGGAAAUGACCUUAAACGAAUCCGUUUCAGCCGGGAUAUGUUCAACAAAUGGCAAGCCCAGAGAUGGUGGGGAGAGAAUUAUGAUAGAAUUAUGGAGCUCUACAAUGUCCAGAGAUUCAACCAGCAAGCUCUCGACACUCCCUCGCGUUCUGAGGAUGGGAGAGAUUCCUCAUAUUCUCGGGUUGGGUCUGUGAGGGAGAGCCCCAUGAUGACUCCUGGACAGAGGAACUACUAUAGAGGAACUGGAACUAUGGAUGCAUCAAGAACGACAACUGAUUCCAGAGACGAGGCUUCCAUUUCCAUCAGCAAUGCAAGUGACAUGGAGUCCGAGUGGGUAGAACAGGAUGAGCCCGGGGUGUUCAUAACCAUCAGACAACUAGCUGAUGGGACACGAGAGCUGCGUCGUGUUAGAUUCAGCCGAGAACGAUUUGGAGAGGUGAACGCAAAGACCUGGUGGGAACAGAACAGGGAGAGAAUACAAGCACAAUACCUUUAGGAGUAAGACUUAACUGAAUUCACCAAGUGGCUGGCAACCUCGUACCUUCAAGUCCAACAUAAAAUGGAACAGUUUUGUCUGUCAGUACAUACAUGGAGGGGGCAACACUCUUUGGCUAAGGGUUUUGUGUCUUUUUCUAGUCAUUAUGCUGUCUAACUGGAUAUGUAAUUACAUGAUUUUGGAAAAUUCUCAGGGCUUGUUUUUAUC